GUGGACUCUCAGGGCCGUCGGGGCCUCAGGGGACCCUCCUACUCAGAGUUUUUUAAGGUUGUUGCCAUGUGGAUUAGCCGGCUGAACGUGGCCACCGGGGAACAUGUUGUCACGUUUCAGUUGGACGCUGACCGAGACGAGGAGGAAGUCUUCUGUGACAUCAGCAUGACUCUGGACAACAAGAUGUUUCCCUCCAAAGAGCCUGCAGCCGGUCCCAGCGAGUUGGAUCUCAGUCUAGUGGGUGAAGCAAGCAGCCCGGCAGAUGUUCCCUGCAAGUACGACGAGAUUGAAGAAGAACAAGAAACCGGAUAUGCUGAAGGAACCACAGAAAGUUAUUGCACAGAACAGAAGACGCCAAAGGUCAUCUUCAUGAUGGGUGGUCCGGGUUCAGGUAAGGCUCUCCAGUGUGAGCGGAUGGAGGAGAGGUUCGGCCUUCGUCGCGUCACUCUGGGCGAGCUGCUGUGCACCGAGCUGCAGUCCCACAGCGACAGAGGACGCUACCUGCAGGACGUCCUGGAGAGAGGAGAGCAGCUGCCCGAGGACACGCUGCUGGAGCUGCUGUGCGAUGCGGUGGCGUCGUCGCUACGACAGGGGAAAGGUCUGGUGAUCAGCAGCUUCCCGAGAGACCUGAGACAGGCGGAGGAGUACGAGGCCAAGAUGGGUGAACCCGGCGCUGUGUUCCUGCUGAGCUGCUCACCAGACACCAUGUCCAGCCGCCUGCAGUGUCGCAGCAGAUCCACCUCCGGCCUCCACGACACAGAGAGCGUCCUGCACCGGAGGGCCGAGAGCUUCUGCAGCGACAGCCAGGCGGUGGCGGCUCACUACGAACGCAAGAAGCUCCUGCACAAGAUUGACGCCGAGCGGUCGCCUGACGAAGUGUUCGCCCAGAUCUGCCAGUCGAUGGAGUCCUCGUCCACCUUCUGAGAUCCUACAGUCCAGGAGGCCCGCCCGUGAAGCCUCCUUUUUUUUUCCUGCCAUCACCCUCCUGAGGAGACACAUAAACCUGCACCAGACACCUGCUCAUCGAACUCCAGUGGUUUGCAUGUCUCACCUGCGAUCAGUGAAACCUCUCUGUGCUUUGACAAAAGCGCCCGGUCGUCACAUUCUGCUUCACCUUACUCGCAUUGUUUCCCUCUUUUUCCUUCUUUUCUCUUUCUCUACUCUCACAUCGACCUUGAUAUAUGCUGCCAA